GUAAAUACUACUCAGCAUACCCACUGCUUUGGGAUUAUUUCUAUGAAUAGUAUUCAAGGGCCUUAAUGCCCUUUCCCUUCCUUCUUUUCAUAAUGCUGGCUCUCUUUUUCCCAGGACUGAUCAUGUCCAAUGGCCAGGUGUGGAAGGAGCAAAGAAGGUUUGCCCUGAUGACACUGAGGAACUUCGGUUUAGGAAAGAAGAGCUUAGAGGAACGCAUUCAGGAAGAGGCCCGCUACCUCACCCAGGCAAUAGGAGAGGAGGACGGACAGCCUUUUGACCCUCACUUCAAAAUCAACAAUGCAGUUUCCACUAUUAUCUGCUCCAUCACGUUUGGGGAGUGCUUUGACUAUAAGGAUGAUCAGUUCCAAGAGCUGCUGAGGCUGUUGGAUGAGUUCACACACCUGUAGAUGUCAAUAUUCCGCCAGCUCUAGGAUGUCUUUCCAAGGAUAAUGAAAUUCCUACCUGGAUCCCACUAAAGGGUCUUUAGUAACUGGGAGAACUGAAAACAUUUGCUGCCUGUGUGAUUGAAAACCACAAGAAGGACUGAAAUCCUGCUGAAGCAAGAGACUUUAUGCUUACAUCCAGGAAAUAGUGAAUAUGAGGAAUCCAGCGUUCCUUCCUGAGUUCUGUAUUCAGGCAUUCAGGUAGAGGAGGGGCAGCAGAAGCCUGGAGCAGGUGUCAGAGCACAGGGGGGAUGAGCCAAGACCCGCCCUGCAUGGGAGGGCGGGGGGGGGGGGGGGCGGGGGGGCGGGGGAGUGUAACCAUCCCCUUUUUCAGCUCUUUUCUCUGUUUGCACUUACCCCUGAAACCUCUGAUAUCAGUGUUCAUUAAGCACCUGUUAAGGACUAGCCUCAGUGCUAGGGAUUUGAUGUAAUGCUUCUUAAUCUUCAAAGCGGUUCCAAAUACAGGGACUACUUUAGAUGUGUUUCAGGUCGGUAGGAUCAUUUAUUCACCGCUUAUGAGUACUUAUCCUCUAUCUCAGAUUCUGCAACUACAAGAUGGAACAAAGAAAAUCUGUAUAGUUUUGUCAGAAUUAAGCGAUUAAUGCAUAGAGGUGGCAGCAAUGCCUGGCAUAUAAUAAGCACCCAAGAAAUGUCAGGCGCUGCUGUUGUCCUGAUAAAAGUUCACGAGGCUCGGUUCCAGUCACUGGACGAGAGGGUCAUUGAAAAACGCGGAGCUCAAAGGUCUGCAGUGCUGUCAGAGAUGCAACGGAAACCUAACCCUAGAGGCCUGUGUUCUCACAGAGAGAUAGGCUUUCUAAAUAGCAAAUAAAAAGGCUUCCAGCCUGGCUUUUUCCAAAAUCCGAGCAUGUUCUCCCAGGAGUCAGGCCCUUGGCAUCUGGUGAGGCAUGUGCGCUUGAUGGUGGAGGGUGGGAAGGAGAGGACCCACUGAGAGUGGGAUGGGGAGGCUGCACGAGGCAGGGCCUAGGAAAGGAGCAGGCAGAACCGGUGGUACAGGGAGCCCCAUGGCAGGAGAGGGCGGGGCGGAGUGGGUCCCUGAAGGGAGUGGUGUGGCUGGGAUCCACUGGGGUUGCAAGGGCCUAGGGACGGGGAGAGGGGGCGGGGCGGGCGCUCCUAUUAGAGCCCCGCUGGGACAGUCAUUGCAUCUGAACUCAGAAAAGAGAGCAGAUACCACAGCCAUGCUGGGCUCCUUGGGCUCCCCGGCGGCGGCCCUCUGGGGGCUGCUCCGUCUCCGCACUCUCCUGCUGGGUGCCCUCAUCUUUCUCUUCUUUGCUGAUUUCCUCAAAAGGCGGCGCCCUAAGAACUCCCCGCCUGGGCCCCCGCGCCUGCCCUUCGUGGGACACCUCUUCCUUCUGGAUUUUGGGAAAUUGCACCUAUCGCUUCAGCCGAUUGUGAAGAAAUAUGGGAACCUUCUUAGUCUGGAAUUUAGUGGAGUAUCUUCAAUUAUUAUAACUGGGUUGCCCUUACUCAAAGAAGUCCUUGUCCACCAGGGCCAAAACUUUAUGAACCGUGCCAUAACACCUUUCAUAGCCCGUGUAUUUAAGAAAAAAGGAUUGAUCAUGUCCAAUGGCGAGGAAUGGAAGGAGCAAAGAAGGUUUGCCCUGAUGACACUGAGGAACUUCGGUUUAGGAAAGAAGAGCUUAGAGGAACGCAUUCAGGAAGAGGCCCGCUACCUCACCCAGGCAAUAGGAGAGGAGGACGGACAGCCUUUCGACCCUGACUUGAAAAUCAAGAAUGCAGUUUCCAAUAUUAUUUGCUCCAUCACAUUUGGGGGGCGUUUUGACUACCAGGAUGAUCAGUUCCAGGAGCUGCUGAGGCUGCUGGAUGAAUUCACACGUCUGCAGAUGUCAAUGUUCCGCCAGGUCUAUGAUGUCUUUCCAUGGAUAAUGAAAUUCCUCCCUGGUCCCCACCAAAGGGUCUUCAGUAACUGCAAGAAACUGAGAAUGUUUGUUGCCCAUGUGAUUGAAAACCACAAGAGAGAUUGGAAUCCUGCAGAAGCAAGAGAUUUUAUUGAUGCUUACCUCCAGGAAAUAGAGAAAAAUAGGGGCAAUGCUACCUCAAGUUUCAAUGAAGAAAACCUCAUUCACAACACCCUGGACCUCUUCUUUGCUGGAACAGAGACAAGUGCUACGACGCUGCGCUGGGGUCUGCUCUACAUGGCCCUGCACCCAGACAUCCAAGAAAAAGUACAGGCUGAGAUUGACAGGGUGAUUGGCCAAUGGCAGCAGCCAAGCUUGGCAGCUCGAGAGUCCAUGCCCUACACCAACGCUGUCAUCCACGAGGUGCAGAGAAUGGGCAACAUCGUUCCCAUGAAUGUACCCAGAGAGGUGACUGUGGACACCACGCUGGCUGGAUACCACCUGCCCAAGGGAGCCAUGGUCAUGACCAACCUGACCGCACUGCACACAGACCCUGCAGAGUGGGCCACCCCAGACACGUUCAAUCCGGAGCACUUUCUGGAGAAUGGACAGUUUAAGAAAAGGGACGACUUUCUGCCUUUCUCAGUAGGAAAGCGGGUGUGCCUUGGAGAGCAGUUGGCCAGGUCCGAGUUGUUCAUUUUCUUUACCUCCCUUGUGCAAAAAUUCACCUUCAAGCGUCCACACAAUGAGAAGCUGAGCCUCAAGUUCAGAACGGGCCUGACCAUCUCCCCAGUCCCCUACCGCAUCUGUGCUGUUCCCUGGGAGUGAGGUUGUCCUGGAGGCGGGGGGAGGGAAAGCUGGAAGAAUCCCCAGGUCUCCCCAAGGCCCUGGCCCCUGCUGAGAAGUGGGGGAGCACAUGACCUGCCUCUGAGGGAGGUCCUAGGCUUUGAACUCAGAGGAAACUGGAUCCAAACCCCAGGUUUCCCAUCCCCAGUGUAGGCCAGAGUGAAUCAGUUACGUGGUGAGUGAUUUAUCUUUUCACCCAGAAGAUGAAGAGAGGAUAAUGAUUUUUCACUAAAUGAAGAAUUACUAUAAAAUUCUUAGGAAUUAAUGGACUUAUGUGACUUGGAAACA